AUGCAUUUUUUAAAGUCCAAGGUUGAUGAUUUUGAAGAUGCAAUUAAAUUAAUUGAUUUCACGAUUGAUGAAUUCAAGACCGUGAAUUAUUUAAUUACAAAUGGACCAGAAAUAAACAAACUUGAUUUGGAUUUUGAUGAGAGUAUAGUUGAUUUCAAAACUUGUUUUAAUGAUUAUUUAUUAUCUGUUUAUAAUAUUAAUAAAUUGAUAAUUAAUUAUUGGAAAGAAUUUAAAUUACAAGGACAAAUUAUAAAUUGUGCUUCUGAUGUAUUAUAUCCCUCAUCCAAAGUGACAAACCAUUCAAUUAUUAAACGUACUUUAGUUGGGUUAACUAGAAAUUUAGCAAUUGAAAAUGCAAAGAAUGAUAUUAAAGUGAAUAUGAUAAGUCAUGGAUGGAUUAAAAAUUCAAAAAUUUUAAAUGAAGUAAUGAAAAACACAAAUGAAAAUGAAAUCUUAGCAAAGAUUCCAAUGAAUAAACUUGGUAAUGAAGACGAUGUAUAUAAGGCUGUUGAAUUCUUAUUGGCAAAUCCUGAUUUGUACAUGACUGGUCAAAAUAUAAUUAUUGAUGGAGGUUUGAGCUUUAAAUAG